UUCUCAAAGUGUCAAAAACAGAAAACAGAAACUGAAGAGCACUAAAAUCCAAAGCAGUAAAGUCCAAAGGACUAAAGGACUGAAGGCCUGAAGGACUUUAAGACCGAGAAGGAUCGACAGACUAUAAAAGCCUGUUAUAGACUCCAUAAACUAAUUUGUAGGAUUUUUCUUUGUGGGACAAAGUUUUCUAGAUAAGCAGGUUUUUCUUGAGCGUUCUUGAAGACAUGGAUUGGGGCACAGCUCUGUGGGACCAGCAUGAUGUGAUUGAGAAACACACCCAGUCAGGGCUGGAGCUGGCGGAUCGCUAUGUGAAGUUUGUCAAAGAGAGAACAGAGAUCGAACAGAACUAUGCCAAACAGCUCAGGGCUCUUUGUAAAAAAUAUUCAAGGAGAGGCAGCAGAGAGGACCAAGACACAAGGUUCACCAAUCAGCAGGCGUUUCAGGAGGUGCUGAAUGAGCUGAAUGACUACGCGACUCACAGAGAACAGCUGGCUGAUAACAUGAGCGUCAGCAUCUGUGUGGAGCUCACCAAGCACCUCUACGACCUGAGACUGGAGCGCAAGACUCUUCUGACUGAGGUUAAAAAAGCCCAGCAAAAUCUUGAGAACAGCUUCAAACAGCUUGAGUUGGCUAAGAAGCGUUUUGAGAAGGAGUGGAAAGACGCAGAGAAAGCCAAUCUGCAAGCAGAGAGAGCUGAACAGGACACUAACUCGACCAAAGUGGAUGUAGACAAGGCCAGGCAGAAUGCUCAUCAACGUACACACCUAGCAGACGAGUGUAAGAACGAAUACGCUGCUCAGCUCCAGAAAUACAACAGAGAGCAAAACCAUUUCUACCACAGCGAAAUGCCGUCUAUAUUUAACAAACUGCAGGAGGUGGAUGAGAAGCGAAUCAGGAAGUUGGCUGAAGGUUACAGGCUGUUUGCUGAUAUAGAGAGGAAGAUCCUCCCGUUCAUCAGCGUCUGCCUGGACAAAAUCACCAUAGCCAGCAAUAACACCAAGGAAAAACAGGACUCUUUGACCCUCAUUGAGCAGCAUAAGUCUGGUCUAGCGCCCCCUGUUGAUGUGGAGUUUGAGGAUUACAGUCAAGGCAUCAGAUCUGCAUCUCUGGAAGCCCCACAGAACAACUCAAGGGGCCGCAUUAAACAUUUAUUCAAGAAGAACAAGACUGGAACAUCAGAUAAAAACAUGCCCCCUCCAGUGGAGGAUUUCUCCCACCUGCCUCCAGACAAGAGGAAGAAGCGUCUGCAGGAGAGAAUUGAUGAGAUCAAAAAAGAGCUUCAGAAAGAGGUGGACAAGAGUAAUGGUCUUGGUAAGAUGAAGGGGGUUUAUGAGAAGAACUCUCAGCUCGGAGACCCCGCUAGUCUGGACCCCCAGAUCAACCAGAUCGCUCACAACAUCAGCAAACUGAAGGGGGAGCUGCAAAGAUACGAGGCGUGGCUGAGUGAGGUUGGAGGAGUCAGUUCAAACAGCAACAACCACACCAGUGCGUACGUCACUGUACUUGAGUCCAGGCCGAGUCUCCCUCAGCUCAGUGAUGAUGUCUAUGAGUUUGAUGAAGACUUCGAUGAUGAUGAUGAUGUGCCUAUUGCUCAGUGCCUGGCACUCUAUGACUUUGACGGUGCCAGCGAGGGAGCGGUCAGCAUGGAGGCUGGAGAGAAACUGAGCAUGAUAAACAAGGAUCAGGGUGAUGGCUGGGUGCACGUGAGGAGAAUCAAUGGAGAUGAAGGAUAUGUACCUGCAUCGUACAUCAAAAUCAUCUGAAAAUAUUCCGAAUCAUCUGAUACAUCUCCAAAAGAAUCAUCUGAGAGAGCUCCAUCUGAGUCCACCUGAUAAGGGCCCUUAUUCGUGCAGUGUAGUGUUCCUUACUGGGCAGAAAUUGAAGUCCAGUCUUCUGAGAGGGCCGUAGUGUUGGCCACUGCACUACAUCAACAGAUCCACUAUUCAGCAGAGGCGAAGCACAGAACUAUA